AUGCAGCAGGAGCGGUGUUGCAGUCCCCAGCUCAAACUGAAAAUGUUGCACAGGAAGACAUACCACGUGCAGGAAUUACAGGCAGAAAUUGGCACUCAUACUGACAUCUUUCACAACCUGGAUGAAAACGGGCAGAAAAUCCUGAGGUCGCUGGAAGGCUCUGAGGAUGCAGCCCUGUUGCAGAGACGUCUGGAUAACAUGAACCUCAGAUGGAGUGAGCUUAAGAAGAAAUCUCUAAACAUUAGAUCCCAUUUGGAAGCCAGUACGGACCAGUGGAAGCGUUUACAUCUCUCUCUUCAGGAACUUUUGGCAUGGCUGCAGUUGAAGGAGGAUGAAUUAAAACAGCAAGCACCCAUUGGUGGAGACCUUCCCACUGUGCAGAAACAGAAUGAUGUUCAUAGGACUUUCAAGAGGGAGUUGAAAACAAAAGAACCUGUUAUCAGGAGUGCACUUGAGACUGUGCGAAUCUUCUUAGCAGAGCAGCCUGCGGAGGGACUGGAGAAGCUCUACCCAGAACCAAGAGAGUUGUCACCUGAGGAAAGGGCCCACAAUGUCAGUAAACUUCUCCAAAGGCAAGCAGAUGAGGUCAGAACUGAGUGGGAUAAGCUGAAUCUACAGUCUGCUGAUUGGCAAAAGAAGAUAGAUGAUGCUCUUGAAAGACUGCAGGGUCUUCAAGAGGCAGUGGAUGAACUGGACCUGAAACUACGCCAGGCUGAAGUCUUCAAGGGAUCCUGGCAGCCAGUGGGGGAUCUACUAAUUGACUCUCUACAGGAUCACUUAGAAAAAGUCAAGGUUUAUCGAGCAGAACUUGUACCCCUUAAAGAAAAGGUGCAUCAGGUCAAUGAACUCGCUCGACGGUUCACUCUGCCUGACAUUCAACUCUCCCAGUACAACCUCAGCUGUGUGGAAGACCUGAACACAAGGUGGAAGGUGCUACAGUGGCGAGGGGAACACGGAAUGGGGGUUGUGGUCAGUUCAUCACACAUAGUUUCAGCGACUGAGGAGGAGGACUCCUCACACUCUGUGCUUGGAAUUGACCCUAUUCAG